GAAACACGGCCACGUCAUUUGAGGAAAAAAAUUUGGUGACUGCAGCAGGAUUUUUCUUUAUUUAAUGUUCUUGAUGCCUGCAAUCUACAGUAAGGUGAAUUUAUUAAUUUUUGAGAGAGCCUAAUUGGCCAAUGCAGUUCAAUAUCUGGCAACUAUAUGUCUGGUCGCUUUCCAGCUGACUUCAUCCGAAAAUGCACCCAACUAUAUUCACUGUCAAUUUUGGGAAACAAUUUUGAAGGGAGUCUACCUGCAGAACUUUUUAAUUACUCCAGUCUUGGGGUUUUAAUGAUCAGUAACGUAGCAAACUCUGGUUUCCAAUUCCCACGAUUUGCAAACCUGAGCAAUAUAUACACUCUGAUAUUAAGGAACUGUUCCAUCACCGGUGAAAUCCCUGAAUACAUUGGUAAAAUGUCAAAUUUAAAAUACUUGGAUUUGAGCUUUAACAAUUUAACCGGACGAAUCCCACAAUCCAUGAAAGGUUUAAAUUUAACUCACUUGUCCUUGGCAAAAAAUAGACUUAGUGACACAAUCCCUGAUUGGGUUGGUGAAGUCAAGACUAGAUUGGAUCUGUCGUACAAUAACUUUUCCGAAGUUAGCUUCGUAGUGCCAGACGAUAAGCGAAAUCAUCUGAACUUGUUUUCCUGCUGCAGCAGUUCAACCCAUCCAGAUCAACUAUUUGUGGAUCCAAAGAAACGCAUGCAUACGCAUUGUCCUGGACGAAAAUCUAAAUCUCGUUCCUUGUUUAUAAAUUGUGGUGGUGAGGGAUUAACUGUUGGUGACAAGUAUUAUGAAGCAGAUAACUCAACUUCACUCUAUUAUAUUAGUCCAUCCAAAACCUGGGGUUAUAGCCUUUCUGGAGACUUCUUAUCACCGGAGUCCAAUUCUAGUAAUUUCAUACAGAACCAGCCAUGUGGAAUUCAUGUUCCUGACGCAGACUUAUAUUUAAAUGCUCGGAUUGCCCCUGUCUUCCUAAGUUAUUAUGCUUACUUACACAAAGGCAAAUAUAAUGUGACCCUUCACUUUGCUGAAAUAGUAUUCAGGGAGAAGGAAUCAUAUAGUAUACUAAAGAGACGGGCAUUUGACGUUUAUAUCCAGGUAAGAGCUGAUGUCAUUCAAUUAAUCCUAUUAUUUGUCACUAAAUUGAGUACCAUCAUUAUAAUAGAG